UUUAUGAAAUUAUAAUUAAUUUAACGUCCUGGCUGUCAAGUAGAUGGAAGAAUCACAGAAACGACUGCGAAACACGAGGGUUCGGCAAUCGCCACUCUCACAAAAAGGAAAAGAAAUCAAAACGCAACGCAACGCAACACUUUCCUGGUGCCGGCAAUUAGCCGGCUCUUAACUUCAAUUAGAUUUAGACUUCUCUCCUCUCAUCUCCUAUUUUAAUCAAAUCUUUCUAGGUUUUUUUGCUGUAUAUUUCUCCGUCUCCCUUCCACUUGCAGAUUCCCUCACUCAUGGCUACUUCUAAUUCUUGCAAGAGGAAAAAAUCUCCCGUUGAAAUCCCAAGACUCCAUCUUUGAGUUUAUAUCUUUCUUCUUCUUCUUUUUUUCUUUUUUUUUUCUUCAAUUUGCAGCAAACCAUGGAAAUUCUUUAUACCCCAUUCUUACUUUUGUUCAUAAUUGUUAGUCUACUGUUUUUGCUUCGUGUCCUUUUAUUCAAAACCGGGCUAAUUUACAUCACCAAAAAAUGGUGGAGAUCUAUAGAAGAUUGUUUUCAUGUCUAUCAAUUCUUCAAAGUCCCAGAAUUCAACGAGAGCAUGCAAGAAAAUCAGCUUUAUCACAAAGUCUCAAUUUAUCUCAGCUCUCUGGCUUCCAUGGAAGACUCUGAUUACACCAAUCUCUUCACCGGAAAAAAAUCCAACGAUAUCAUCCUUCAUCUCGAUCCCAACCAGGUAAUCGAUGAUUAUUUCCUUGGAGCUAGAGUGUCUUGGAUUAACGACGACAAAAGCGAUACGACUUGUUGCAGAACCUUGGUUUUGAAGGUCAGAAGAGCCGAUAAGCGCAGAAUUCUGCGUCCUUAUCUGCAGCACAUCCACAUAACAUCGGACGAGGUCGAGCAGAAGAAGAAAGGUUUGAAUCUCUACAUAAAUAUUGGCAGUCAUGAGCAAAACAGACGGUGGAGAUCUGUUCCAUUCAAUCAUCCUUCAACGUUUGAUACAAUUGUGAUGGAUUCUGAUCUCAAGAAUAAGUUGAAAUCAGAUCUUGAGUCAUUCCUCAAAACCAAACAGUACUACCACCGGCUGGGGCGUGCCUGGAAGCGAAGCUACUUAUUGUACGGUCCAUCAGGUACUGGAAAAUCCAGCUUUGUUGCAGCUAUGGCCAAUUUUAUUGGCUACGAUGUGUAUGGUAUUGAUCUUUCAAGAGUUUUGGAUGAUUCGGAUCUGAAAACGCUAUUGUUACAAACGACAAGCAAGUCAGUGAUUUUGAUUGAAGACCUUGAUCGGUUUUUGAUGGAUAAAUCAACGGGUGUUAGCUUAUCAGGUGUUUUGAACUUCAUGGAUGGGAUAUUAAAUGCUUGCUGUGCAGAGGAAAGAAUUAUGGUUUUUACAAUGAACGGUAAAGAUCAUGUUGACCCAGCUGUUCUUAGACCGGGUCGGAUUGAUGUUCAUAUUCAUUUCCCUUUGUGUGAUUUUGCUGCAUUCAAAACUCUGGCGAACAGUUACUUGGGUGUUAAGGAUCAUAAAUUGUUUCCUCAAGUAGAGGAGAUUUUUCUAACUGGGGCAAGUUUGAGCCCAGCUGAGAUUGGGGAGCUUAUGCUUGCGAACAGGAAUUCGCCCAGUCGGGCCUUGAAAUCGGUUAUUACUGCUUUGCAAACGGACGGUGAUGGAAGGGGGUCUUUGAACAUUAGAAGACAGUGGACUGACAAUUCUUCAAGGAAGUCAACUGAGGAUUCAGGGGAACACUCGGGGGUUUUUUCCAAGGAAGGUGUCCAUGCCAUGAAGGAUUUUAGAAAAUUAUAUGGCUUGUUGAGAUUCAAAAGUAACAAAACAUCGGAAUCGUUUGAUAUGACACCAGACCGUAAGGACGGGCAAUCAUAUGGUUCUUGACGUUUCGAGGAGAUGUCGGCAAUUUCAUUGCCUUGAUGCAUCUCAAUGUUUCAUGUUCAUAAGCAGCAAGGGGGCAUGAAGAACUUAUACAGGGCAGAAGCCAGAUGUUGAUAAGAAUAUGGCAUAGCUCAGAACAGUUAGUUUUUUUUUUUUUUUAUUUAUUAUUUCUGGUGUUUGGAUGCUUUUGUUCCAAUUCAAUUAGAAUAUGAUUCUGUUUGUGUCA